AUGACACCAGAGGAGCCACUAGACACAGACUCCUUUACAAAAUUACUUGAUGAUGAUCAGUUCAAUCCUGAUGAUGAAGUUGUGAUAAAAGAUACCAUAAAAAAUGCUAUGCUAGUUUUUACUGAUGGUUACUUCAAUGGAAGAGUUGCUUAUGUCAUUAAUGGCAAAGGUUAUUCAGUACAAACAGCUCCAGCUUCAGCCAGCCAUGCAUAUGCUUACAGCUCCUCUGAGUGUUAUAGAAUAAUCAAAGAGGAUUUUAACCAUGAAGGAGAUGUAACCAUUGGUGUAUUUUUCCCAGUUCAUACUAUGUACACAGUCAACAAAGUUCCACAUCCUUAUCUGCCGAACAUUUACAACGACUUUAACAUACAGUAUAAUUUUAAAAUAUACCAAUUGGUUCUGGCCAUGGUAUAUGCCAUUGAGGAGAUCAACAGGAACCCUCAUCUUUUACCAAACAUAUCUCUAGGAUUUGACUUCUAUAAUGUCCCAUACAGUGAGAAAAACAUUCUUAUGAAUUCUCUUAUUUGGCUCACAGGCCUGAGUAGAUUUCAGAGUCUUCACUCUAAUUAUAACUGUGUGAAGGAGAGAAAGUCAAUUGCUGCAAUAACAGGACCAUCGUGGGCAAAAUCGGCCCAUAUUGGGACACUGCUUCAGCUCUACAAAUUUCCACAGCUCACUGUUGGUCCUUUUGAGCCUCUCUUCAGUGACCAAUGUCAAUUUACUUCUCUCUACCAGAUGGCCCCCCAAGGCACAAAUCUGUCUCUUGCAAUGGUCUCUUUGAUGCUUCAUUUUGGCUGGACCUGGGUUGGGCUGCUUAUCACAGAUGAUCACAGAGGGACUCAUUUUCUAGCAGAUAUCAGAAAAAAGAUGGAGAAAAAUCAAGUCUGCAUAGCUUUUGUUGAAAUGAUCCAAAGCACCUGGAAUUCAUUUUCAUAUAAGUACUGGAAAACCUUGGAAUUACUGCCUAGACAUAUUUUUGACAUGGUAAUGAAUGAAGACAGCUACAAUACAUACAAGGCUGUGUAUACUGUGGCCCACAGUCUCCAUGAGAUGAGUCUUCAGCAAGUACAAAUGCAACCAUUUGGAAAUGGGGAAAGAAUGGUGUUCUCCCCCUGGCAGCUUCAUCCUUUCUUGAGGAAUAUCCAUAUGGGAGCCAACAUGGCUUUAGAAUGGAAACAGAAGUUAGAUGAUGAUAAGUAUGAUAUUCUCAACUUUUGGAAUUUUCCAAAGGGUCUUGGAUUAAAAGUGAAAGUAGGAAAUUUUUUGCCCAAUGCUCCCCAGAGUCAACAGUUGACUUUAUCUGAGAAGAUGAUACGAUGGCCAGAAAGAUAUUCAGAGAUUCCACAUUCUGUGUGCAGUGAAAGCUGUGGUCCUGGAUUCAGGAAAGUUUCCAUGGAGGUCAAGGCUGUUUGCUGCUAUGAUUGCACUCCUUGUGCAGACAAUGAGAUUUCCAAUGAGACAGAUAUGGAAAAGUGCAUGAAGUGUCCAGAGAGUCAUUAUGCAGAGACAGAGAAGAAACACUGCCUCCAGAAAGCUGUGAGUUUUCUUAACCUUGAGGACCCCUUGGGGAUGUCUCUCACAACCAUAGCUCUGUGUCUCUCUGUACUCACAACGUUUGUUCUUGGACUCUUUUUGAAGCACAGAGACACUCCAAUUGUCAAAGCUAAUAAUAGGACCCUUAGUUACACAUUGCUCAUCACACUCACUGUCUGUUUCCUGUGUUCCUUGCUCUUCAUUGGCCAUCCCAACACCACAACCUGUAUUCUGCAACAGAUCACAUUUGGAGGUGCUUUCACUGUGGCUCUUGCCACUGUGUUGGCCAAAGCUAUCACUGUGGUUAUUGCCUUCAAGGUUACUUUUCCAAGGAGAGUUGUGAGGUGGUUAAUAGUAUCAAAGGCUCCGAACUUCAUCAUCCCCAUAUGUACUCUGAUCCACCUUGUCCUCUGUGGAAUCUGGCUAGGGACCUCUCCUCCCUUCCUUGACCAAGAUUAUCAUGCUGAACGUGGACAUAUCAUCCUUGUGUGUAACAAGGGCUCAGAUUUUGCCUUCCAUGGUAUACUGGGAUAUCUCUGCUCCUUGGCACUUGGGAGCUUUACUAUGGCGUUCAUGUCACGGAAUCUUCCAGAUACAUUUAAUGAAGCUAAGUUCCUAUCAUUCAGCAUGCUGGUGUUCUUCUGUGUCUGGGUCACCUUCCUCCCUGUCUACCACAGCACCAAGGGGAAGAUCAUGGUGGCUAUGGAAGUCUUCUCCAUCUUGGCUUCUAGUGCAGCCCUCCUUGGCUUCAUUUUUGUCCCUAAGUGCUAUAUUAUCUUAAUAAGGCGAGAUAAGAACUCAGUUCAUCAUAUCAGGAACAGGCCACAUUCUAGAAGGAAUAACACUCUCAAAACCUAG